GUAAAUAGCCAAAAACAACAUGAAGUCACAGAUUUGAUAGAUGACUGAGGAAGAGAGAAGUUUUCACUUCCUCUCUAUGCUUCUGUAUGUUUAUCAUGCUUUGUCAAUGUCCUGGACAAGUCUUUGUACGCGCCACAGAAUCAGCAUGAAAUAAUAAUGAUACAAGCUGCUAACAGACUGGCUGGUUUACAGAUUCAAAAUGAUAAUUACAUGGUCAAUUAUGUAUUUGAAAAAUGAAUCGGUGUAAUUUUGUCAUGCACCUUUACUGCAUUACCAAAACAAAAAGGCACACUGUAACAUAACAUUUGUUACCAUUUGCUGUGGUUUUGAUUUGCGAUGCCACAAGAUUCAUGCCCAUUCAGUGUUAUAUAAACUGUUCACCAAGGUCAUGUACUCUGAGAGUAUGUGGUUCCAAUGUGGUUAAGGUGGUGGUCUGUGGUGACCAAUUCGUGUCUUUUUUUUUUCCAUCUGAUUUGAAAACAUUUCAAUCAAUCUUAGAUAGAGCUAAAGCACUUUCACCUCUUUGUGGUUCGUAAUUGAAUGGAAUCCAGGCAGGUGGCAGCCAGGGGAGCGAUGAGGAGACUGAUGAAGAGAAUCCUGAGGAAGGAUCUUCAGGCAGAUGGAGGUAAUGAUGGUUAACAAACACUGGGAACCAGGAAUGGGAGAUCCGCAAGGAAGCAGGACUGAGAAGGAAGGAGAGAAGGUGAAGGGUUGUGAAGAUGAAGGCCAAAGUGCUCCUGAUUGGUUUUCUCUGGUUGCCCCUUUGCUGCCUGCUUCCUGCUCCCCAAGAGAAGACCAAUGAUCAGUCCUUCCCACUGGACAUGGCUGUAAACUCUGUUGAUGACAGGUACUCUACCUGCGCUACAAAGAUGGAAGCAAAGGUCAAGAAUAAAUACUUUGACAAGGAAAUGGAAAAUAAUGUAUUCAGGGAGGCAUGGAACGCAGAAAAAAAUCGUUCAGACAGGAAUAUGGAACACAAAGAACCAGAAGAUGAAGCUCUAACAAAAGAUCACAUGCAAGCAAUUUGUGUUUACACAGCUGGAGGACCAGCAGACUUCUUUAAGGAAUUCAACGACGCAGUCCGGACCAAUAGACAACAAUAUAGUUCAUCUUUUCCAUUCCACUCUUUGCAUUUCUGGCUGACCAGAGCGAUACAGAUACUCAACCAUAACAAAUGCUACACAACUUUCCGUAGAACCAGAGUUGCCUUCACUGGUGAAGUCAACCAAGAAAUUCGAUUUGGUUUUUUUGCCUCCUCCUCCACAUUAUCAAAUCUGACACACUUUGGUAAGACAACAUGCUUUAAAAUUACAACCCGUCAUGGAGCUUAUCUGAAAAAAUACCCAAAGCAUGGAAAGAAAGAGGAGGAGGUGCUCAUUCCACCUUAUGAGAAGUUCAAGAUAACCAGCAAAGAUAAACCUCGUGAACUUAAUGACUGUGAGAUUGUCUUUGUUCUGGAAUCUACUGGAGUCCAAAGCAAUCUUAACUGCAAAGUUGUAAACCAAAUAAUUUUGUGAUUUUCUUUCUUCACACGCAUAAAUUUAGAAAUUUCAUCUUGUUCUUAAUCUACACCUGGCUGAUCUUUAAAGAGAAAGUUCAGAUUGAUUUCUCUCAACUUUCUAACUUAAUAAACAUGCAGAAAUUUAGUCUGCAGCGUAAAGCUAAUGGCGAGCUUCUCUAUGCUGCUUAGAAGCAUUUAACUGCUGCAAGCUAAAGCUUUGGGUUUGCUUAGAAAACAGGUUUUAAACCAUCGUUUUGCUAAUGUGAAAGUAUUUCCGCUGAAAGAAAAUACUGUUCUGUUACUUUAUUCUGUGCAACUUCAAUAAAUACAUUAUUAUGUAAAUAUGCAUUAUGU